CACUCCCCCGGUCCGUCCCCGGCGCGGCGCAUGGGCCCUGAGCCCCGGCGGGUCCCGCGGUGCAUUGUAGGGAAGAGGCGGCUCUUGUCCCGGCGGAGCCUGGCGGUGAAUCCUCCCGGCCGCUCACAGCAGUGUAGAGCCGCUUCCCCCCCCUCUCCUUCCCUCUCCCUCCACCUCACACCCCCCUACCCCCCCCCCUUCCCCUCCUCCUCCCUCCGGCCCACGGAUUUAAAGGGGCAGCGGCGCCAAUCCGAGGGGUUGGGUGGGUGGGGGGGUUUGGGGUGGGGGGGGGGGAAGAAAAGGAGGAGAAAAGGGGGGGUGGGGGAAUCAUGCCGAACUUCUGCGCGGCUCCCAACUGCACCCGCAAGAGCACCCAGUCCGACCUCGCCUUCUUCCGCUUCCCACGGGACCCGGUCAGAUGCCAGAGAUGGGUAGAGAACUGUCGAAGGGCAGAUUUAGAAGAUAAAACUCCAGAUCAACUCAACAAGCACUACAGAUUGUGUGCUAAACAUUUUGAGACUUCCAUGAUAUGUAGAAGUAGCCCUUACAGAACGGUUUUACGGGAUAAUGCUGUGCCAACAAUAUUUGAUCUUACAAGUCACCUGAACAAUCCCCACAGCAGACACAGGAAAAGGAUAAAAGAGCUGAGCGAAGAUGAAAUAAGAACACUGAAGCAACAAAAGAUUGAAGCUUUUGAACGGGAACAGGCAACUCAAGACCUGAAUGAAAGCAAUGAACAAAAUACUGUCUCAGAGGAAGGAGGGGGAGAGCAAGAGGAAGAACCUGUGCCCUUAACAGUGGAAGAAAGGGAAAACAAAGACUACCUGAAAUCUUUGUUUGAAAUUUUGAUCCUGAUGGGCAAACAAAAUAUUCCUUUGGAUGGCCACAAUGUUGAUGAGCUUCCAGAAGGUAUUUUUACUUCAGAUAACUUUCAGGCUCUACUGGAAUGUAGAAUCAAUGCUGGAGAUGAAGUUCUGAGGAGGCGAUUUGAAAUGACUGCAGUCAACCUCGAGUACUGUUCAAAAACCCAGCAGAAACAAAUGCUUGAAAUCUGUGAAAGCUGUGUUAGAGAAGAGACACUGAGGGAAGUAAGAGACUCACACUUCUUUUCUCUUGUCACUGAUGAAGUAGUAGACAUAGCAGGAGAGGAACAUUUGCCAGUGUUGGUGAGAUUUGUUGAUGAUUCUCAUAAUCUACGAGAAGAAUUUGUAGGUUUUCUACCGUAUGAGGCUGACCCUGAAAUUUUAGCUGUGAAGUUCCACACAACUAUUACUGAAAAGUGGGGUUUAAACAUGGAGUACUGUCGAGGUCAAGCCUACAUUGUCUCCAGUGGGUUUGCUUCUAAAAUGAAAAUUGUGGCUACAAGACUCCUGGAAAAGUAUCCCCAGGCUGUGUAUACAUUGUGUUCUUCGUGUGCCUUAAAUGUUUGGCUGGCAAAAUCCAUUCCUGUCGUUGGUGUUUCUGUUGCAUUAGGAACAAUGGAAGAAGUUUGCUGUCUUUUCCAUCAGUCUCCACAGUUACUAGUAGAACUGGACAACACAAUUUCUCUGCUCUUCCAGAACAAUAAGGAGAAGUCUAACCAGCUGAAGGAGAUCUGUCGUUCCCAGUGGACACUCAGGCACGAUACCUUUGAGGUUUUAGUGGACCUCAUACAAGCCUUGGUGCUGUGCUUGGAUGCUGUGGGCAACGACUCAUCUGUCAGGUGGAGCAACUUCAUUGCUGGGCGAGCAUUUAUACUUUCAAGUGCGUUAACAGAUUUUGAUUUCAUUGUCACUGUUGUAAUUCUGAAAAACAUCCUGUCCUUCACGAGAGCAUUUGGGAAAAACCUCCAAGGACAAACAUCCGACGUCUUCUUCGCAGCCGGCAGCUUAACGGCCGUGCUGCAUUCCCUGAAUGAAGUGAUGGAGAACAUUGAAGUUUACCACGAGUUUUGGUUUGAGGAAGCAACAAACCUGGCUACAAAACUGGAUGUACAAAUUAAACUCCCAGGAAAAUUCCGCAGGGCACAACAGAGCAGCCUUGACUCCGAGGUAACGUCAGAAAACUACUACAAAGAAAUCCUCAGCGUCCCCACAGUGGAGCAUGUUAUUCAAGAAUUAAAAGAUAUCUUCUCAGAACAACAUUUAAAAGCUCUGAAGUGUUUAUCCUUAGUGCCCUCGGUCAUGGGGCAGCUCAAAUUCAAUACAUCUGAGGAGCACCACGCUGACAUGUACAAAAAUGACUUGCCCAAUCCAGACACUCUUUCUGCUGAGCUCCACUGUUGGAGAAUCAAGUGGAAGCACAGAGGAAAAGACAUUGAACUUCCCUCAACUAUUUAUGAAGCUCUUCACUUGCCUGACAUUAAGUUUUUCCCUAAUGUGUAUGCUUUGCUUAAAGUCUUGUGCAUCCUUCCAGUGAUGAAGGUGGAAAAUGAAAAGUAUGAAAUGGGACGGAAGCGGUUAAAAGCCUACCUGAAAAACACCCUGACAGAGCAAAGGUCAAGCAACCUGGCUUUGCUGAACAUAAACUUUGAUAUCAAACAUGACUUAGAUCUAAUGGUGGACACCUACAUAAAACUCUACUCAGACAAAGUGGAAUUUCAAGAAGUCUUUAUUCCCUCCAACAACUCUGAAGUAACAGAGAAUGCUUGAUUUAUUUUUUAAUUAUUUUUUUUUUUUUGACCUCUAAGCAAUCUGUUGAAACAGCUUUUUCUUUAAUGAACUUUCAAUGCUGGAAAAAAAACCCCUGUGAAAUCUUAAAUCACUGCAGUUGUAUUUCCAUUUUAGGUCUCGGACUGAAGAAUCUGUGGUCAGUGACCCAGAUUAUGUUUUGUUAGUCUUCAUUAAAUGUGUUACAUGAACAAAACCAAGCCUGAAAAUAAGCCCAUGCUCUUGGCAGAGGUGCUUUCUUCAUCUGAUUGACUUGACUUAGGUGCUCAUUUUACUUUAUUGCAUCUUGGAAAAAAAUACAUUGUGGUUGGAUGGGGCUGUUACAUUAUGAAUUAGGGUAAAAAAAACCAACCUCAAAAUGUGUUAAAAAGCAUAAUCCAUUUCAGUCCUGUUACAUAGGAUUUUAUUUCUUUUUGAAAAUUAAAAAAAAAAAGGUCUUUGAUGUAUAUUUUAAUUGGAGUUUUGGAGAGUGGAUUCAGCUAUUGCACGACCCUCGUGCUGUGGACUGUUGUCAGUGUGAAGUGUUUUAGUGGUAUAGAGGUAUGUUUACAGUUUCACUGGAAGACUCAACCUCUUUAAUCUCUGGAUGACUGUUUACAUUCCUCUGUGUGAGACACAAAAUCCUUUUCUUUAGGCUUUUAACAGGCAUGGCAAGGAGUACUGAAAUUCCUAAAAGACACUAAAAAAACUUAAAAUUUAUUCCACAAAUGUUUAAAUCUCUUUGUUCUGUCUUGACUCUUGACACAGAAGUGUGCAUCUUAUCGUCUGCUUAUUUUUAAACUCACCCAGGAAAUAAUAAAAUUAGAGUUUGGGUUUUGUCUAGGUGUAAGACUGAAAAUAUUGCUGUUAUUUUUGGCAAGAAUAAAGCAUUUUUUGUACAGUUUAUUGCAAUUUAAAAUAAAAUGUGAAUUGCUUUUUA